AUAUCAGGUGGAAUAGGGUAUACGGAAUAUUUGCCGUUCAUUGGCAGAGAAAAGUGAAUCUAUAUUUCUCCCAAAUUUUUCAGAGAAUCUGUUCAAUUUCUCUCGAUAACAUCUUCCCAUAUACACAUCGGUUUUGUUUUGUCAAUAUUUAUGAAAUUCAUUUUUUAACAGAGAAGAUUUUUUUUUGUCUUAAAUUUCUAUUAAAUUUAGAAAAUUUCUUAUUUAAAUGUAUCUCUAGAAAUUAUGUAUUGUUGAAUUUUCAUUAAUAUUUAAUUAUUAGUUACAUAUCUGGAUUUUCGUUAAUUUUCAUCGUACGAAAUUAGGACAAUGGGUACUGAUAUUUUAUUUGAAAACCACACAAUUAAGGAAAUACAGGAGAUAGAAAAGAAGCUUAGAAAUGACAUUGAGCGCAAAAAAGAAGAACUUCGACAGAUGGUUGGGGAGCGUUAUCGGGACCUGAUGGAAGCAGCUGAUACAAUCACUGAAAUGAAAGAAAUUGCAGAAAGUGUGACAUAUUGUGUAAAAUCUAUUGAAGAUAGUAGUAUUCAUUUACAAAAUAGCAGUUUACAAAAUGGUAUACUUAGUGCAAUUCAAGAGGAAGUUGCAAUGAAGAAGAAAAGAAAUGAAUUGUUGUAUACAGUUGCGUCCCAAAUCAAAAUAUUGAUGGAUUGUCCAACUAAAAUUUGGUCUUUUAUUGAGGACAAAGAUUCUGUGUGUGCUCUUUCGUUGUACUUGCUGGCAAGGCAUACUCAUUCAAUGCUUCUGUUGGAUCCUGUAUAUCGUGAACAAAAUGUUUCCACAUCUUUUCCCAUCAUCAACAGACAGUGGACAUCCAUUAGUCAUUUUAAACAUGUAUUAUUACAAAAUUGCCAAACUGUUUUAAAAUCUCAAGAAAGUGAACCAGAAGAUGUUGCUGGCCCACUUUGUUGCAGAUGCUUAUUAUCAAAUACCUCAUUGCAGCAAAUCUUUUUAGAAAUUUUAGAUGUUCGGAAAGAUGUACUGAAGUCCAUAUUUCGCCCUGAAAAGUCCGCAAAAUCUCAGAUAUGUGAAUUUGUGGGUGUUGUUCAACUAACUUUGAAAAUUAUUCAUGUCUUACUUUACUCUGAUGAUAAAAUUGAAGCAGAUAGUGAUUAUAAAACGAAUGUUCUACAUCAAGAAAUUUUAAAAUUAAUUAGUAAAGAUCAUCCAGGUCCUGUAUCAUUAUUAGACUUAAAAUCUAGUGCAACCUUCAAAUUUUUACCAACAUCAAUCACAGACUACCGACCUAAUCUCACAGUACCUUUAGAACCAUGCAGUGUUGAAUUCUUACAAACUAAAUGCAAAGAUUGGCUAAAUGAAAUUCAGGAAAUGCUUCAACCAGAAAUCAGGAAUCUUCUGAACUAUGUAAAUUCUGUGCAGAGUCUAGCUCUUGUUAGAGAAGCUGUAUAUGACAAGCUUUGUGAGGUGAUGCAUUGGGACAAAAUUUGUUUUGACUUGCUCAACCAUCACUUUUCCAUUUGGGAUUCUUUCCUAAAAAAUUGCUUUUGGGAACGAAUAGAAACAAUUGUUAAUGAGCAAGUAAAAUCAGCAACUGAAUUUUGUGAAAAGGACAUUGAAGAAACCUUAUAUAAACUUGGCUUAGAAAGUAAAAAUUCUACCUUAGAGGUAGAAAAAAAUGUUUCAUUAUAUGUAUGGCUGGAAUCACCAAAUGAUAUAUUAGACAAUAUUGCAUGGCAUGCUAGACAUCAUAGAAACUUUUGGAAUAGUGGAGAAUUAAGUAUGAAAGCCAUGGGAUUUACCCCUAAAGUUCAAAGCAUUUGUAAAGAUUUGGAUGAUCGCUUACUAAGUGCACUUGAAGAUAUUUCACACUUUUCACGUUUGCAAAGUCAGCUGUCAGAGGAUUCACCACCUAAAGAUGGAACACCUUUUACACAGAAAUUAGCUGAGGAACUAUCUAAGGAUGCAAGUGAUAUCUACAAGUAUCUAACACAAGCUGUGGAAAAACAUGUUUUUGAUUUAUCAAGCUACAUGGAGACAAAUCUUUUGUAUCUAGAAAAAGAAAAUUAUAGUUAUGAAAAUAGUUGCAGAAUAGUGUUUCUGGGUCAUUUGUGCUGUGGAAUAGGAAAUCUCUGCCCUCAUAUCAACUGUACUAUGUCAGCUGAUACUCUAAUUAAAUGUAUUGAAAGAUAUGCUAGGCAAAAUGCAAAGACUGCUUUUUCUGCUACUUCUCUGAAGGAAAAUGAUUUGUGGAAAGAUCUAAAGAAGAAACUCUUAGAUAUCAGUGCUUCUGCCUUUAGACUUUGGAGCAAAUGUCAGAUACAACAUGUAUUAAAUAUUGUCAAUUCGGACUUAGUAACAGGCUCUCCUGAAGGUUUAUUGAAAUCCCUUUUAAGAUGGGAUAAAGUAGAAAUACAGGAAGAAUCAGAACAAGGAAAUGCUGUUAAUUCUGUUUUAAGGAUACCUCAGCAUGUAUCUACACCAACAGCCAAUGCCUUAUUUGCAUUUUGUUGCAAAUUAAAUGCUGUUGGAGGAUAUGCUAUGAGCAGUGAAGUGCGUUCUUCAAUCAGCAAAGACUUGUUAAUUGGACUAUUAGACAUUUACAAGAAUAAAAUUGAUGCUAGUGCAGAAAGUUUCAACUCUAGGCUGCUACAGAUCCAGUCAUUACAAUUAUUGUUUGAUGUGCAAUUCCUAGUAGGUUUGCUUGUACAUAAAGGUAAUACAUGUGAUCUCAUCAGUAGUUCUUCGCAAUACAUUAUUGACAAAGCAGUUUCACAUAUUGAUCCUUUUGAUAUGGAUGUUUUCUCUGUGCCUCUACAACAAAAUAUAAAGAAAGCAUUGCAAAAGUCUUUGUCUUUGUUUGGUCUGCUUGCUUCUCCAGACCAAGUAAGUUACUUGAACAGCAUUAAAUCACCUCUAAUGAGUGGCCAGAUGGACCAUAACAUCAUGCUAACAUGCAAUAAUGGAAGCCGAUUUCCUCUACUGCCGUUGUCAUCCAAAUCUACAACGAUGACCAGUCAAUCAGAACAAUUCUCUGCUCCAUCAAAGGAGCUGGAAGGAACGAAUUUACCCUCACAUAAUUCUAGCCCUAACCUAACAGCUGCUGACAUUCCAUCUAAUCCCAUGAAAUCAGCAGCAUCCUUUUAUGAUCGAGUCACUGCCAUGAGUAGUAGUUGGUUUGGAAAUUAAAGGUCCAGUAGAAAAGGUGUAUUAUGGAAUCUCCAUUUGUUUAAAAAUGCACUGUUGGGGAAAAUGUAAAGAAAUAUAUGAAUUAUUUUAUUGAUUUGUUGAUAUUUUUAUUAAUAAAAAAUUUACAUGCAAU